AUGGCAGAGAUAUUCAAUCUUACCGAUAUACUAGUCCAGAUAAAUGACACAAUUCACACAAUGAAUAUCACGUUCCUUUCAUCCCCUUUGCAGUUGCACUUUGAUGAAAAAUCAAAUGCUCCAAUGCAAAUAUCGAUUUCUUUGCUUGUCAUUAUCAUAACAUUUCUAGCAUUUGUAUUACGCAAAACCCGUAAAAGGGUAGAAAAACCACUAAAGUUUGAAAUUCCUUUUCCAGAAGCUUCUCAACCAAAUUGGAAGGGUAAAAGGCUAACAGUACCUGAUAUUUAUCAACCUGAAGAUCCGGAAAACAUUUAUUGUUACUGUCCAUCCACUAGUCAAUUAUUGGGGAAGUUCAAGUCACAUUCUCCUGAAGAGAUUGAUGCUCUGAUAAAAAAGGCCGAAGUUGCUCAACCCAAGGUUUAUAAUGAUGAAAAAUUUCAUUUAAAGAAGAGAAAGUUUCUUAGAACACUGAGUGAAUUUAUCAUCAAAAACCAAAAGGAACUAGCCAGAGUUGCUUGUAGGGAUUCUGGGAAGACUAUGGUUGAUGCGUCGAUGGGUGAAAUUAUGGUGACAUUGGAGAAGAUUAACUGGAUUUUGAAACACGGCGAUGAUGUACUAAAGCCAAGCGAUAGGCCAGGUCCAGCAAACAUUUUAAUGAAAUACAAGAAAGCACAGGUAUGGUAUGAGCCAUUAGGUGUUGUGUGCGCUGUUGUUUCAUGGAACUAUCCAUUUCACAACUUAAUGGGUCCAAUUAUUGCAGGUGUUUUCUCCGGGAAUGGCGUGAUAAUUAAGUGUAGUGAAAGAGUUAGAUGGAGUUCUGAGUUUUUCAUCAAUGUCGUCAAGGGCGCCUUAAAGACAUGUGAAAUUGACGAAGAUCUUGUUCAAUUGGUUUGUUGUUGGGGUAAGGAUGCCGAUGCAGUCACCGGAAAUCCUAGACUAAACCACCUGACUUUCAUUGGUUCUAGACCAGUUGCUAAAUAUGUUGCUAAAAAGGCAAGUGAGAAUUUGAUACCAUUAGUUGUUGAACUAGGUGGCAAGGAUGCAGUUGUAAUAUGUGAAGAUUAUUUGAAGCAGAAGGGUAUCGAUACGAUAGCAAAGACUAUAUUGAGAGGUACAUUUCAAAGUGCAGGCCAGAAUUGUAUUGGUAUUGAAAGAGUCAUUGUUUGUGGUGAUCGGGAAAACUACAAAUUGUUGAUUCAAAAACUGAAGGAAAAAAUUGACCAAUUUCAUAUUGGUUCGGAUAUCGACCAAGUUGAAGAGAUCGACAUGGGAGCUAUGAUCAUGGGUGGUGAACAUUUUGACAAACUAGAAUCUUGGAUUGAAGAGGUUAGCUCUAAAGACCAAGGUAAAGUCUUAUGUGGUGGUAGGAGAUUUAUACAUCCGAAUUAUCCACAAGGGCAUUUCUUUCAGCCUACAUUAAUAGCCGAUUUAGAUCCAAGCAGCGUAAUUGCACAAAAUGAAGUAUUUGGUCCUAUUUGUAGCGUUAUGUUUGCCGAAAAUGACGAACAAGGUUUACAGCUGGCAAACAAUUCCGAGUUUGGUUUAGGUGGAGCAAUUUUUACAGCAGAUAGAAAACACGGUUUUGAAAUGGCAAGGAAGUUCAAAACAGGCAAUGUUGCCAUCAACGAUUUUGCGACCUUCUAUGUUUGCCAGUUACCAUUUGGAGGUAUCAAGGGGUCCGGAUACGGUAAGUUUGGAGGCGAGGAAGGAUUAAGAGGGUUAUGCAAUGAGAAGAGUGUAUGCUUUGAUAGAACCCCAUUAAUAGGCACGUCUAUUCCAAGUGUUAUCGAAUAUCCAAUUAAAAAUGGAAAAAAGGCAUGGAACUUUGUUUCGUCUAUGAACAAGGCCGCCUAUGAUUAUAGCCUGCAUGGCAAGAUUAACGGUAUUUAUAAAUUGGCCCAGAAUGCCAACUGA